UGUGAGCAGAGUCUGGCCGGGGCAGAACUCCUGCCUCUUCCCUCCUUUCCUUCCUCCAGCCUCCCCGCUCCGCUCUCGGGAGCAACGGAGCUGGUUUUCCCUUUCCCAUGGCCCCACCUCGCUUGGGAUUUCUGCUCCUCCUGGCUUGCUGCUUGUCCUGCUCCGAACCGCAGCUCCUGGACUGGGUUUGGGACAGCACGAAGACCACAGGAAGCCCAGCAGCACCCGGCAAGGGAAUCCCGGCGUCGGAGCCGCCAGCCUCGGCAGCAGCUCCGGCUCCCAGCCCGUCCCCAGUGAGGUGGGGUGGCGAGGCGGCAGGGAAUGUCACCACUCCACGGCGGCAGGAGCCAGAUCCUGCUGCAGCAGCGCCUGUGGGUGAGGGAACCACGGAGCAGUGGGACAGGAGUGCCACAGGGCUGCUGGAGAGCACGGCACGGGCAAGCACCGCUCCUCCCCACAUCAUGUCACCUGCCCCAGGUCAGCAGGUGGCCAGCAGCUCCAGCAACAAGCCUCAGCUCCUGGGGACAGCGACCCCCAAGGACCCACAGCUCCUGGGGUCAGGGAACACCAAGGACCUGCAGCUCCUGAGGAUGAAGACCACCAAAGAACUCCAGUUCCUGGGAUCAGUGAGUCCCAAGGAGCUCUUGGGGACAGGGACUACUGAGGAUCUGCAGCUCCUGGGGUCAGGGACCACUGAGAACCCACAGCUGCUGGGGUCAGGGACCACUGAGAACCCACAGCUCCUGGGGUCAGGGACCUCUAAGGACCUGCAGCUCCUGGGGUCGGGGACUACUGAGGACCUGCAACUCCUAGGGAUGAUGAGUACCACAGACCUGGGAUCAGUGAGCCCCGAGGAGCUCCUGGGGACAGGGACUACUGAGGACUUGCAGCUGCUGGGAUCAGGGACCACUGAGAAGCCACAGCUCCUGGGGUCAGGGACCUCUAAGGACCUGCAACUCUUGGGGUCAGGGACCACUGAGAAGCCACAGCUCCUGGGGUCAGGGACUACUGAGGACCUGCAGCUCUUGGGCCAGGGGACCACUGAAAACCCACAGCUCCUGGGGUCAGGGACCUCUAAGGACCUGGAGCUUCUGGGGUCGGAGACUACUGAGGACCUGCAGCUCCUGGUGAUGGAGCACACCAAGGACCCACAGCUCCUAAGGACAGGGACCACCAAGGACCCACAGCUCCUGGGCCAGGGGACCACUGAGAAUCUGCAGCUCGUGGCGAUGAGGAGCACUGAGGAGACACAGCUGCUGAGAGCAGUGACCACUGAGAGCCCAGAGCUCCUGGGCAGCACUGAGAACCCACAGCUUCUGACAAUGGUGACCACCGAGAGCGCAGAGUUCCUGGGGACAGGAGCUCCUACAGCAGUUGAGACACAGGUGUCCUUGCAGAGACCGGCGGGUCCCCAGACAGAGAGCCUGAGUGCUGAGGUCAGCCUGCUGGAGCUGAUUGGGGACCCACUGACGGAGGAGAUCCACAGAAUUUAUGGCCCCGACAACAACCCUGGCUACGUCUUCGGUCCCAAUGCCAACACGGGCCAGGUGGCCCGGUACCACCUGCCGAGCCCUUUCUACCGGGACUUCUCGCUGCUGUUCCACAUCCAGCCCACCACACCGCGGGCCGGCGUGCUCUUUGCCGUCACGGACUCCUCGCAGAGCAUCAUUUACGUGGGCGUCAAGCUCUCGGAGCUGCGGGCGGGCCAGCAGCAGAUCAUCUUCUACUACACGGAGCCCGGCUCGCCCAGCUCCUACCCUGCCGCCACCUUCACCGUGCCCACCCUGCUCAACCAGUGGACGCGCUUCGCCAUCAGUGUGGAGGAGGAGGAAGUUAUCCUCUACCUGGACUGUGAGGAGCACGAGCGCGUCCGCUUUGAGCGCUCCCCGGAUGAGAUGGAGCUGGAAGAAGGCUCCGGGCUCUUUGUUGCUCAGGCUGGAGGGGCUGACCCGGAUAAAUACCAGGGGGUGAUUGCAGAUUUGAAGCUCCGAGGGGACCCGCGGGCGGCCGAGCGCCAGUGCGAGGAAGAGGAGGAUGAUGCAGAGGUCUCCGGGGAUUUUGGCAGCGGGAUGGAAGGUGGACAGCAACCCUCUGGCAAGGUUGAGGCUGUCCCAGGGCUGGUGGAUGCUGUCCCCGUGACCUCCCCCCCCGUGGCGGGGGGCAGCGGCCCGAGGAGUGGCGGGGGGUCCCCACAGCAGGCUGAGAGGACCAGGGCGGAGGAGAGGCUGCGGGUCUCCACAGGAGACACCAGCCGGAAAGGCGAAAAGGGGGAGAAGGGAGAGCGUGGCUUGAAAGGGGAUUCGGGGACCAGUGGCAUCAUAGGGCCAGGCAGUGUCAAGGGUCAAAAGGGCGAGAAAGGAGACCUGGGCGUCAAGGGCAGUGCUGGAUUUGGCUACCCUGGCUCUAAGGGCCAAAAAGGAGAACCAGGUGACCCUGGACCCCCCGGGACGCACUCUCGGCACGCUGAUGGCUUGGUGGUGGAGCAGGUCACUGGCCCCCCAGGGCCACCAGGGAAGGACGGAGCCCCUGGCAGGGAUGGCGAGCCUGGAGAUCCUGGCGAGGAUGGCAAACCUGGUGAAAUGGGGCCCCCGGGGUUCCCUGGGAUGCCGGGGGAGCCAGGUCUGAAGGGGGAGAAGGGUGACCCAGGUGUGGGGCCGAGGGGACCCCCUGGACCACCUGGCCCUCCAGGACCACCGGCACCCCCUUCCAAGAACGACAAGCUGACCUUCAUCGACAUGGAGGGCUCUGGCUUUGCUGGUGACCUGGAGAGCCUGCGGGGUCCACGAGGGCCACCUGGUCCCCCAGGGCCACCUGGCGUGCCCGGUUUGCCAGGAGAGCCAGGACGGUUUGGGAUGAACCGCACAGACCUGCCGGGACCACCGGGGCUGCCGGGCAGGGAUGGGAUCCCUGGGCCCCAGGGGCCAGUGGGUCCUCAGGGUCCUCCAGGAAGAGACGGGGAGGCUGGGCAGCCAGGCCCCAAAGGAGAGCAGGGCGAUGUGGGUGACCUUGGCCUCCCUGGCCUGCCGGGACCCAAGGGCAGCAAAGGAGAAACAGGACCAGCAGGACCCCCAGGAGAAAUGGGCUUAGCUGGCCUUCCCGGGCCCAUUGGACCGCGAGGGCAGCCAGGGCCCCCCGGCCCCCCGGGACCACCAGGGCCAGGCUACGAGGCUGGAUUUAGUGACAUGGAGGGCUCGGGGCUGCCAUUCACUCCUGGACCACCUGGGCCUGAAGGACCACAGGGUGUGCCAGGACUGCCGGGGGUGAAGGGGGAGGUUGGCAGCCCUGGACAGCCCGGCUUGCCGGGACCAAAGGGAGAUGCUGGCAUGCCUGGCCUGGAUGGCCGCCCUGGCCUGGAGGGCUUCCCUGGACCACAGGGACCCAAAGGUGACAAAGGCAGCACCGGUGAGAAGGGAGAGCGAGGCCAAGAUGGAGUGGGGCUGCCUGGCCCCCCUGGCCCACCUGGUCCCCCUGGACAGAUCAUCACUGUGUCCAGUGAAGAUAAGUCCUUGGUGGCUUUUCCUGGUCCAGAGGGCAGACCAGGCCACGCUGGCUUCCCGGGUCCGGUGGGACCGAAAGGAGACCAGGGGUCAACUGGUCUCCAGGGUGCCCCAGGGUUGAAGGGGGAGAAGGGGGAGCCCGGCGUCAUCAUCAGCCCUGAUGGGACCGUGGUCACUGCCAAGGUGAAAGGAGAAAAGGGGGAGCCGGGACUGCGGGGCCCGAUGGGACCAUCGGGUCCCCCAGGACGAGCAGGAAUGAAGGGAGAGAUCGGCUUUCCGGGCAGACCCGGACGUCCCGGCAUGAAUGGGCUGAAGGGCGAGAAGGGUGACCCCGCAGAUGUGCUGGGCUCACGGGGUCUUCCAGGCCCCCCAGGACCCCCUGGGCCCCCUGGACCCCCUGGCAGCAUAGUCUACAACAAUGGCAACACCUUCAGCGACUCCAGCCAUCCAGCAUUCCCUGGCUUCCACCAGUUCCAAGGACAAAAGGGAGAGAAAGGUGACACUGGACCCCCAGGACCCCCAGGACAGUUCCCCUACGACGCAAGUCACUUCAGUGCCAGCCUGCGGGGUGACAAGGGGGAUGCAGGUCCCAAGGGUGAGAAGGGUGAGCCGGGCAGCACCCCACUCUACAGCCCUGGAGUCUCUGGGCUUCCAGGGCCUCCAGGGCCCCAGGGAUACCCCGGACUGCCAGGUCCCAAGGGGGACAGCAUUGUUGGGCCACCGGGGCCUCCAGGACCUCAGGGUCCUCCUGGGAUUGGAUAUGAGGGGCGGCAGGGCCCCCCUGGCCCUCCUGGUCCGCCUGGGCCACCCUCCUUCCCAGGUCCCCACAGACAAACUGUCAGCAUCCCUGGACCCCCGGGACCACCAGGACCUCCUGGACCACCGGGCACCAGUGGGAUGUCCUUGGGGCUCCGGACCAUGCCCACGUACCAGGCGAUGCUGAGCGCGGCACACGAGCUGCCCGAGGGUGGCCUCGUCUUCCUGAGCGACCGGCAGGAGCUCUACGUCCGCCUGCGCGGGGGCUUCCGCAGGGUGCUGCUGGAGGAGCACAGCCUGAUCCCCAGUUCGGCUCUGGACAACGAGGUGUACGACAAGCCGCCCACCCUCCACUAUGCCGGCCCCCAGCCCCGUGGGCCCCUGCACCCGCUCCGCAACCACGUCCCCCCAGCCACUGCCCGUCCCUGGCGAGGGGACGAGGUGGUGGCCAACCAGCACCGCCUGCCCGAGCAGCCCCUGCUCCACCACCAGCAUGAGCUCAUCAAUGGCUACUACAUCCAGCGCAGGCCAGACCCUGCCCCUGUGGCCGCCCACGUGCACCAGGACUUCCAGCCUGCCCUUCACCUGGUGGCCCUGAACACCCCGCUGAGCGGCAGCAUGCGUGGCAUCCGGGGCGCCGAUUUCCAGUGCUUCCAGCAAGCCCGGCAGGUCGGGCUGGCCGGCACCUUCCGCGCCUUCCUGUCCUCGCGCCUGCAGGAUCUCUACAGCAUCGUGCGCAGGGCCGACCGUGCUGCCGUUCCCAUCGUCAACCUCCAGGAUGAAGUGCUCUUCAAUAACUGGGAAGCCCUUUUCACGGGCAGCGGGGCCCCGCUGCGAGCUGGCACCCGCAUCCUCUCCUUCGAUGGCCGGGAUGUCCUACGGGAUGCGGGAUGGCCGCAGAAGAGUGUCUGGCAUGGCUCGGAUGCCAAGGGCCGGCGCCUGCCCGAGAGCUACUGUGAGACAUGGCGGACAGAGGAGCGUGCAAUCACCGGCCAGGCUUCCUCCCUGGCCUCUGGAAAACUCCUGGAGCAGGUGGCCAGCAGCUGCCAGCACACCUUCAUCGUCCUCUGCAUUGAGAACAGCUUCAUGACCGCCACCAAAAAGUGAUACCCGCCCUGGCACCCCCUGAGUCCCCCAUGUCCCUGGGGAGGGUUGGGCCCACCUGCACCCUGGCACCCCUGGGCCCCUCAGCCCCCUCCACGUGCCUGCUCUCACCCCGCAGGGUUUCCUUCUUCCACAGACCUGAAGCCAAAGAGUAUUGCCAUGGCCCCUGCCCUGGGUCGGCAGGGGCUCAGGUCCCACUGGGAGCAGGGCAGCCAUAGGCUGGCAGCCUUCCUCCUCCUCCUCCUCCUCUUCUUCCUCUUCUAACUCCUAAUAUUUAACCACUUCAGCUUGUUCCCCUCCCUGCUCGGAUGCUCUUUUUGAGGUGGCUGGGUAGGAGGAUGCUUGGCCAGGCGGGCUGUCCCUCACAAAAGCCUGUGGGGCCUCUCUCACCCGCCCCCUGGCCCCACGCUGUCCUCACCAGGAGCUUGGGGUUGGACCCAAAUCCCUGCUGCUAAGGCCAAGGGAUCUUCUCCAGCCAAGACCCCAGCAUCCCACUCAAGGGAAUGUCCCAUGGCAAUGCUGGGGCUCCCAGAUGGUCUCCAUCCUCCCCAGAUAAGGACCAUCCCAUCAUCAUCCUCACCUCCACCUCCCAGCCAGCAGAGCUCUGGUGGGGGUCCUGUCUCCCCCAGCCCCAUCUACGCACCCUGGGGUCCCCUGGCUGUGCCCCCACAGCCCAGGUACAGCCCAGGUACAGCCACAGCCAGCCCAGCACAGGCACUGGGGUGACAGGGUGGCCCCGAGACGUGGCCAGCUGUGCCCUUGGCAUGUGUUUUUCUAUGUGUGUGUAUGUUGAGCACAAGGGCAGGCACUGCCAUCCCCCCCAACCCGUGCCACCUUUGCUGGGCUUGAAUGGUGAAGGCGCAGCAAAGCUGGUUGGAAUUGGUGUGGGCAAAUGCAAGGUGCUAAAAAAAAAAACCAAAAAAAAAAAAAGAAAGGAAAAAAGAGAAAUUUGUAACUAGCUUUUUUUGUUAUUGUAUGGAAAUUAUUACCAUAAAAGCUGUGCGAGUCACACGGUCUCUAUUUCUUACAGUCUACUGUAUUUUGUGUAAUUAAUGCAAUUUAAAGCCUGUGGAUCUUUAUAUUUUUUUUUGUCGUCGGUUGUGUCCUAUAAACCAUUUUCUAAAGGCACUGAAUAAAGAAACAUCCUCUUGUA